AGCGGCUGAUCCUCCAACUUCCUUUUCGUUGCCCCGUCGUUUGCGCGAAAGGGAUGCGUACCAGGAAAGAAAACAGUAACUCAAUGAAACUGGAUUAAAAGUUCACGCAAACAUGAGCUGGAUUCCCUUCAAGAUUGGGCAGCCAAAGAAGCAGAUUAUCUCCAAAACUGUUGAAAGAGACUUUGAAAGAGAAUAUGACAAGCUCCAAAAGCUGGAGGAUCAGACAAAAAAGCUUCACAAAGACAUGAAGAAGAGCACGGAGGCUGAUUUAGCCAUGUCGAAGGCAGCAGUGAAGAUCUCGGCAGACCUUCUGAGUAACCCGCUAUGUGAGCAGGACCAGGCAUUCCUAGAGUCCAUGACAGCCUUGGACACAGCCAUGAAGACGAUGGACUCCUUCAGCCAGGAGAAGGUCAACCAGAUUCAGAAGACUGUUAUCGACCCUCUGAAAAAGUACAGCGGCGUCUUCCCCAGCCUCAACAUGGCCGUGAAACGCCGCGAGCAGACCCUGCAGGACUACAAGCGCUUGCAGUCCAAAGUGGAGAAGUAUGAGGAGAAAGAGAAAACCGGGCCCGUAAUGGUGAAGCUGCACCAGGCCAGAGAGGAGCUGCGACCAGUCAGGGAAGACUUUGAGGCCAAGAACAAGCAGCUGCUGGACGAGAUGCCCAAGUUCUACCACAGCCGCAUCGACUACUUCCAGCCCAGCUUCGAGGCUCUCAUUCGGGCGCAGGUGGUGUAUUUCACAGAAAUGUACAAGGUCUUCAGCGAACUGACGGAUCAGAUCGACCAGGCGGGCCUGACUGACGAGCAGAGGCAGAGGGAGAACGAGGCCAAGCUCAAUGAGCUGCGCGCCCUCUCCAUCGUGGCCGACGACUGAGAUGUUGGAUGGCGUCCGUUUCGAACACACCUGUAACGCACCGCUGUGGCUUUAACUUGAGUCCUUUACACUACUUGUUUUGUCGGAUGACACAUUAACAAAGCCAUCAGCCAAGACCAGCAUACACUUCUUCCGCUUUCAAAUAGUGGCCGUCCUUCUAAUAGAUGCCGUGCUCAAAUUAGUCACCAGGUGCAUCAUUCUGUAAACCCCUUCCUUCAAGUCUUCAGCUCCCUUUUUCCCAACAGAAAAAAAAGGAGGGAGUGUCAUUCGAGACAAUGGCUGGUUUUCCCAUUGAACUCUGUUGCUAACCUAAACAGCAGCACCUAAUGAGAGUCAUUCAGAUAAAUAUGUGUUUGUAGUAAGUAGGGUUCCAAAGGGGUGGAAAAGUUAUUGGCAAAUAUUCCGAAAUUUUGGAGUAAAAUUUCAUGAGAAAUUAGGCUGGGGAAUUUUACAAAAGGUUUCAUAUUCAAGCAUAAAUAUAAAGAUUUUGUUUUGACAUACGUGCAAAGCGAUACCAUUAAGUGUUUGUUUCAACAGAUGUAUUUGGAAAUUGAAUUUGAUCAAGUUCGAAAUAUUUUAUUGAAUGAUCAAUUCUUUCAUUUAAGAGCAAAUGCAAAUAUUACUCCUACUGAAAAUCUGUCGUUAUGAUGCUAAAACAUAUUUUCCCCAGCUAUAUUUAUAUUUCGUAUGACGAGCCAACCAUCAAUUUUGUGAAUUCCAGGUGUAUAACAGUCUUACAACUUCCUGUUAAUUUCCGUGGAAAUUUUCCAACUUUGAAAAUUCCACAAAUUUUGGAACCUUAUUCGUAAGUAUAAUGACCUCAGUUCAUCGUCGUCAUCGUGUGCCCAUUUGAACUCUGCUUUAGGUACUGCUGUUUUGGUUAGCAACAGUGUAAAUAAACAACGUGUAUUUGAGAUAAAUACACGCUUGUAUAUUAAAUAUAAUUAGUCCAAUUCAUAGAUGCUAUUGUUCUCACACAGACUGUGGUGUGCCCAUUUACACUCUCUUGCUACCCAAAACAGCAGCACCCCACGCACGUUCGUAUGUUAUCGUGAACAUUAAGCAUUCCGGUGAUCGUUUCACAAUGUUUUGUUCUGCUGCGUUUCCUGCCUUUCUCCCUAAUUAGGCGUUUUACUUUGUUUUAAACUCCAGUUCACUUGACGUCAGUUGUAAUAUAGUGGUAAUUUGGUUGAAUGUUUUUCCCAAAAAUGUGUUUUUACUUGAAGGGUAUCUGUAGUAUGUCCCUAUUUGAUAUUAGUUUUUGUCAAGGUAAGCAGACACAAUCACUCUUCUGUAGAUGCUUCUAUCUUUUAGCUUUUUUCUUCUUCCUGUAAACAUCUGACAUGUUUUUAAUCGGGUUUUUGUUCCCCACGCACGUUUACGUUAUCUUUGAUGAGGAAUGAGGACAUGAGGAAGUCUGGUGCUUAGCCUCACUGCAAAAAUCAAGCCUCGUGCUCCCUCUAGUGGGAAGAAAAGACUUGUUUCAAAAGCGUCCAAACUGUCUGCCAUUAUGGCAAGACGUAAAAGGUCACAGAUGCACACUGGGUGCUCCUACUUUGUUCUUUACAGCGUCAUAUAAUUGCCUUGUUUUUGACUUAAUGUAUUGUAGAUUUUACCUGAAGAUAAAUAUUGAUUAAGGAAGGUCCCAUUGUAACUAAUGAAGUUUUUUGUUGUUGUUGUUUCUGUAUUUUUAAAGAGUAUUAGGGACACACUGAAAAGAAAAAAUACUAAGAAUAAGAAAUCAGAAUUACAAGGGAAGACGGGAAAUGUAUAUAGUCGAAAUAUUACACAUUAUACAACUUUAUUCUCCUGACUUGUAUUUUUUUUAACUUUAUUCUUUUAAUGCAAUUUUUUGCACUGUAUUCUUGUAAUGUUACUUUUUCUUUUGUAAAAUUGACUUCAUGUAACAAGGACUUUUUACUCAUAACUUUCAUUCUCCUACCCCAACUGUGGUAAUUUUACCACUUCAUUGUAACUUUUUCGUUACAAUUCUUGUAAUUUUGCAGCUUUUCCCACUAAACCAACUGUUCUCUUAAAUUAGGACAUUUUCCCUGACUAUUUAGUUUUAUCAACAUAACUGAAAAAAAAAAAAUAUUUUUUUAACCAUCUUACAGAUUACAUUUUUAUUUUUUUUAGACAACUUUAUUCGAGUAACAUAACCACUUCUUUCUUGUAAUAGGACUUGUUCUCGUAUUUUUUCUUUUUGUAUUCAGUGUGACCGUAAUACUCCUUUUAAACAAUAUAGUUAAUUUAUUUUUUCCACCAGUAAGUACCGGUACUUUUCACAGAAGGUUUUAUUCCAGUUUGUAAACUUCAUUUUGGUGACAAUGUUUAGCUGUUUUAACGUACAAUCAGAAAAUAAAUGAUCUAUGAGAACUGACUUUGCUCUCAUAAAUGA